AUGGACUCCUCAGACCCCGUCAUCGCAUCCUACGACGUCUACCUGACAGACUCCGAAAUCUCUCGGUACGUCCUCCAAUAUCUCGACCGACUACCAGACUACCCCUAUGACGACCGCCAUGGCCAAAGGCCCACUGCCUUCCGCCUAAAGCCAAAAACCGGACUUGUCGAAGUCGACGUCCCCAUCAAUACCCGCAUGAACUAUGAUGUUAAUAAAGGCCUGAAGUACGGCGAUGCGCUGAAGAAAAGUCGCAGCUCGCAAGAGGGCGGCGCAUUCGGUAUGGCAGGUGGUUUCAGUGGCGGUUCCCUUGCUAGCGGGAAUAAGGUGAAGAUGGAAGCUGGUGGAGAUGUGGAAAUGGGUGGCAUGGGGAAUGGAGACUCGGCUUCCUUAUUACGGGUGCAGACGCUGGGAGGUCGCAUUAAGAUUCCUGAGGAGGGGGACCCGGUUUAUAUGUUGGCUGCUUUCCGGGGGAAUAAUCUUCAUCUGUCGCCUGUUUCGGCGGUUGUGCAGGUGCAUCCCCAGCUUCAUCAUCUUGAUGCGUUAGAUGAGAUUCCCACCAAGGGUAAGGGAAAGAAAAAGGAUGAUGAUGAGGGUGGUGGAAAUGAGGCUCGCGCUAUUGAUAUCAAGGUUAAAGCGGCUGAAGAUGACCAGGCAACUCAGUUGGCUGGCAAUCUGGAUCUUUUGAAGAAGAUGCAGGAGGAGAAAUGGGGUAGCUAUGAUUGGGUCGAUGCUGAGACUGAGGAGUCAUGGCAAGUAUAUGAAAGCUACAUGAUGCACCAAGAUUUGGAAAAUCUACCGCAAUUGGAAUCGGCGAUCGAUAGUGAGGAUUAUCUGGAUAAAAUGAGUGCGCCGCGUAUUGACCCGGCAAACCCAGAGAUGACUGGAUGGGCUAUGAAGCAGAAUCGGAUGAAGCAGAAUGGAAGAGGGAGCUCUUCUAGGAGUAGUACUGAAGAGGAAUGA